CACGCACGUGACUCAUCUGUCUUGCCACAUUAUUGCAUUCGCACGUCUGUAAGCGUUCUGUUCGAUCCUUGAAAGGAAGACUUUUUGUUAACAGAUGGAUAUCAAGAAAGAGAUCAGUGUCCUGGGGCAAUGUUACUUACAUCAAUCCAAGUAUGUUGCCAUAGUAUUGCUGGAGGAGUGCUUGGCGUUACAACAGAAAUACCCUUCAGCUAAUGCUGUCAAAGUGGCAAAUACUAUGAGGCUGUUUGGUAGCUGUUUUAUGGAACAAAACAAACUGUCUGUAGCAGAAAGAUUAUUGAGAGGUUCUGUUGAUACAAGAAAAUCCUGCUCUUCCGGAAGGUCAUCCUGAUCUUGAACGUGGUGUGUGUUCAUUGUCUGAUACGAUUGUCAGUUAACACUUGCUCAGUGUCUGCACCAUCAAGGUAAAGUAUGUGAAUCAAUCAAGCUGACGAAGGAGUGUGUCAGGAUCUAUAAAUCAUCUUUUCAUCUUGAACAUCGUUAUGUGGCUGCAGCUGUUAGUCAACUUGGAUAUUAUUUACUGGUAGCUGGACAUUUGGAUGAAAGCGAAAAACAUUUGGAGAAUCUCUUGCUAUAGUCAGACAUUCACUACACAAGAAACAUCCUGAUACAGCAAUUUCAUUGAAAGGGUUGCAGAAUGUCUGAUGAGAAAAGGGAAGAACAUUGAAGCGGAAAAACUUCUCUUUGAAGCUGUCAACAUUGAAGCAGUUUGGCUCCAUGAAAAUCAUUCCAACAAAAUCUACAGUCAGAAUUUGUAUGAGAAACUCAAAUGGUCAUUGUGGCGAGAUGUUGUAGAAGUGCAGUAUCCAACUGAAUAUCUUGCUUCCUAUACUUGUUGAAUACAAAUGACAAGGCGAAGUGGUGGAGUUUUACCUCACACUGAAAGCAGUUCACAAACUAUCCACAGCAGCUGAUUUGCCAAAUUCCUGUUACCUUCUCACUCUCCUUCUCUUCCAGAUGAAGAACAGGAAGCAUCCUACUUUUGUAGCGAAGAGGGUCUACAUUCUUGUGGCUUCACAUCUUUAUCAACAGCACAAAGGGAUAGUACUUCAUCACAAAGAGAGAAGCUCAUUGCUAGUUCGUCCUCUUGUUGGAAGUGAAGUUCCUUACACAGGAUGUACUUUCCGGUACAUAGAUACUACAGGUCAGACAGUUGAAGAAGUUCCAGGAGAAAGGCUGGAUAGUCGUACAAUAGAAACUGUUACUCCUGCUUGGCCACAUGCUGAUCGAGUGGAGAUACACAUAUUUUCCUCAGAUGGUCAAACUCGUCUCGGAUAUUUUGUACACGUUUUCAUUGACCCCGUCUGCAAAGGUGUUACCUGAUUGUGAGGGUGACAGCAGCAUGCUACCAGGAGUAGUAGAUCAAGGAACAGAGAAAGAACAUCCUUCAGUUCGACCAGUCUGUGUUGCGAAGACGAGGAGAUUGUCAAGUUAGAGACUUGCAAGCAAUUGUAUCUGAUUUACAGUUUCUUGAGGUUGGCGUGGCUGUCAGAAGUCAUUGGUAUGAGAUUGAUAUUCGUCUUGGAGUCGUAAAGAUUGUCCCCCCCCCCCCCGUAACUUGGCUGCUUGCCUCAUACAUGUCUUCUCACUGUGGAGAAAACGAGAGCAGAAGGCAACUAUUGCAAUACUCCUGGAAGCAUGCAGCCAAGCAAGUGUCGGUGCAUGCAUCAGAGAAAGCAGUGAAGAAGGCACUAAAUCAAAAGUGAAAUUGGAUGGAAUUACGUACACUCAAGGACUCGAAUUUCAAGCGACAUGAACAUUAUCGUCUUCGUUGCAAUUGUUUGCUGCUUUCUCCGCGUCCGAUCAUUAACUCCUAAAACUGGAGACUCUACUAACUCUGAAGAUCCAGAAGUUCAAGUCUGUCAACCGCUAAAGUCUUAUCUCAAACGAACUCAGAUGGUGCGUCUUGACAACGUGUCUGGCAUUGGCGGAAAAGGAGAGAAAGGAAGUCCAGGGAAAAAAGGUCCAAGAGGCCCCCAAGGCAUUAGAGGAUCAAAGGGAGAAAUCGGUAUACAAGGUCCAGUAGGUCCUAGGGGUGAUGGUGGAUUACCCGGAGCAAAGGGAGAAGCCGGACCACAAGGUCGUCCCGGUCCAGAGGUGAGUGAAGAUGUGUUGAAACGCUAUUUUUCUCCAGUCAAGGGACUGGCAGAGAGGAUGAAAGAACUGGAGGAUUGGAAAGAAGAGUGGACAAAGAAUGAGAGUAGAGUGACUGUUGCAGCACAUCUUGUAGGAUCAUCAAACAGUUGGUAUACUAUAUCAGGUGUGAUAACCUACUGGCAAACAAGCAGUCCAUCAUUCUUACUGGGUGCCAUCACAUACAGCAAUGGAGCUCUUACAAUUCCAUCUGAUGGUGUUUACUAUAUUUAUACACAUCUGUGGUUAAAUGACUAUAGUGGCUAUGCCAUUUAUCCUUACAUCAGAGUAAAUGGCAAUCGUGUUUUGUACAUUCAAAGCUACCAUCAUCAUAGUAAAAACAAAUCCAAGCACGGUGGUCUACUUCAGCAGCUGAAAAAAGGUGAUAGCGUUGACAUAUAUGGUGGAGGAUAUCGACACUUCAUGGGCUCUACUUUUCAGUUUUUGGUAUUUUUAAGAUCGACUAGAAGCAUGUUGUUGAGAAUGAGAAUGUCAAUUAAUUAAGUGAUAAGUGUGAGUGUCAAAUGACUCUCCAUGUGAUCAUGUUUAAUAGUAAUUGUAGUUGUGACUGUGUAUGUUGGACUGUAGUGUGACCAUUCAACCCUAAUUUUUGUUUGUUGUUUCACUUCUGUGUAGUUCCAUUUCUAUAUUAUUAGCAAUAAAUGUUCAUUGA